UACCUAAGUAAUCAUUUUAUUGUCUCUUCUAUUCGGUGCAUACCUACAUUGUUGUCGUCAAUAGCUAUUGUUUCAUAUUUCCCUUGUUAUGCUAUGGCCGGUCUAGACCCGCUAUCGUAGCCCAAAUAAUUUAACCCUCGUGGUUGCUACUGGAUCCUCAUUUUACGUUACUCUCGCGCAGCUGACAUCGUCUCGUCAAUCACCGGCUGAUACCCAUCACGUUUUGUUGUCAUACUAAACCCGACAUUAUUCAAGAGACUCGAAAUCGGAAUUCAUUCGAAUUAUCGGGUUCUGAAGUUAGCACAGACGUCAUCUAAAAUGACACCAGAUUCGCCGAGAAAUUCGAAAGAUGGUCAAGAUGACAGUGUCGAACGGACCACAACAGUCUCUACAGCAACCGAACAAAAUGAAUCCUUAAGCAAACGAAUACCGAUCCCCCAGAACCAGGCGCAGGAAAGCGUAGGUGCUGCUAUCGCAUCAACUGUGGCCGCGGUGGACGUUCAGAUGCAGGAAUAUGCGAAUGGAUACCAUUUCCCACCGAAAUACCCGAUAAAAGAGCAGAUCCGGAUGGGACUGGUCGAUUUUUGGAACUUCUACAAUACUGGUUUCGGCUUCUUCCUCGUCAUAUACUCGCUCAAUGUCAUAGCUUGGGGUGGCAUGCUCUUCCUCCUGUUGUGCAAUGCGUCGCCAGAGAUGUGUUGGGUUGAUGGUGUCAAAGACUGCAACCAUAUCGACUCUCCGCGCCGCAUAUGGAUAGAAAUCGAUUCGCAAAUUCUAAACGCGCUGUUCUGUGUAACUGGUUUUGGACUAGCACCAUGGCGAUUCCGCGACUGGUACUUUUUAUUACGAUAUCGCAUUCUCGGAGAUCAGAGGGCCCUACGGACGCUCGCGGGAAUUCAUCGGGGUUGGUUUCGUCUCGCAGGCUCGGACCAACUGCCACUAUCUCUUGGACCGAAGAAUAUCGAAGAAACGACAGCAAACUACAACCUCGACAGCGUUCCAUACCCCCUUGAAACGAUAUCAGAUGCCCCACCGACCGGUAUUAGAGCGCCUUCGACUAAAUUAUGGAAGAUGGAUUUUGUUGUCUAUUUCAACGUUGCGAACACGUUUCUACAAUGCGUGCUGUCAGGGUUCAUGUGGGCAUUAAAUCGAUAUGACCGACCCAGUUGGUCAACUGGUCUUUUUGUUUGCCUUGCCUGCAUCGCAUCUGCUACUGCCGGUAUUUUGAUGGGCAUAGAAGGAAAACAUGUCAAAGCUAUCGAAGGUGUUCCCCUGGCUAAGAGGGAUAUAGCACGUCUAGCGCGAGACAAAGAGUUAGGCAUUCCUCACUACAACAACAUUAAUGAUAAGGACCCAGAAGCAGAGAAGCAGAAGGCACGGAGUAAGAAGGAGAAGAAGUUGUUUGGAAAAUCAGAGAAGCCCAGCCUCGGUACUGACAACGAGAGACAGGCAUUCUGUGAUUGAUUACCUAGGCACGGCGUUUAAGCAUGGUUCUAUAGACGGUGGUACAUAUCAACUUUACCUGCACAUAAUCUUAUAGCAGUACAUGAAUCGAUACCCUCUAUAAAAGGCAUGGUGGCUACAUCUAGGAAGC